ACACAAAAAAAGAAGCAGAAGAAGAAGAAGAAGCAGCAUUGAUGUGAUCCCUCCCCCUCCCCAGGAAGUGGAAAGGGCUGAGCUGUUCCUGGGGACGAUACAUUUCAUUCACAGUGCUGUGUGUGGAGUGUGCAGAGUGCUGACCAUUGCUGUGCCUCCUCCAGCCUGCACAGAGCCAGGACUCAGGUCACCAAGGAAUACAUCACUAGACCUCUUCAGGAAUUACCAAACCCGAUAUAAGACAAGACGUUCAUAAGCUGCCCAACACAAAAAAAUAACCCUGGAACAAUCAGAAGGCUGGACUGUCUGAGGACCGUUGUGGCCAUCCUUCGUGAAAUUGUAAUGUCCUACGACGUCUUAUAAACUAUUGCCGCUCUCCAAUGACUAGUUAUAUUUUUAGAUUUGUGAUGCCUUGAACGGCAGAAAAAACUGCUGGAACAAGCGGCCUAACCCCAGGAAGAAAGUCCAUUUCAUUUCACCUUUGGCUGAUCCCUGCCUGUAGUAGAACACAAAGAAAGGACGAGACACCCACGUCUGUGCAAAUAAGAUUCAGCUGUGCUAAUUAAUGCAGACUUCUGUCUGGUGGCCUUUUUUCUUUUUUUAAGGCCUGCCUUUUACUGACAAAUAUAAAAAAAAAGUUAUUUAAUGAACUGUGAGACGAGGAGCUGCUGCUAACGGUCAGAUUUCAAGAUUCAGCUGUUAUCCAUUGUGCUUGAUGCACAUGUUUCUACACAUUGCAUUUAGGAAACGCAAGAAGAGAAUCCAAAACGGCUGCAGGGGAACAAUCACCAAACAUGCCUACAGAAACACUACAGACAGGUAGCAUGGGCAAACCUGUGAGCCCAGCAGUGGCGUUUACAUCUGCUGUUCCACUCCGAAUAUUGAACAAAGGACCUGAUUAUUUCCGCAGGCAGUCAGAGCCUAAUCCCAAGAGACUGAGCGCAGUGGAAAGACUAGAAGCUGAUAAGGCAAAGUAUGUCAAAAGCCAAGAGGUUAUCAAUGCCAAACAAGAACCCGUGAAGCCAGCUAUACUUUCAAAGCCUCCGGUAUGCCCUGGAGCUAAACGAGCUUUGGCCAGCCCAACUCUAAAGAUGUUUAACAACAAUGCAAAAAAUGAAAGCUGUGUACAAAGGGAGAAUUUAAAGCUUGAGAUCCUUAAAAACAUUAUUAACAGCUCUGAAGGCUCCAGUACAGGUUCUGUGCACAAGCAAACAUGUCGGAACUGGCCUCAAAAUCUGUCAGACUCAGUUGACCAAAAUCGACACUCGUUUGCAGAGUCCUUAAAAGUCUACCCUACACAGAGUCAUGGGAGCCCUCAAGAGACCAACUCGAACAUCAGCAGAAGGCUUCUUGACAAAUCAGGUGAUACUUUUUUACAUGUUUCUCAUAGUUCUUCAGACAUUAGGAAAGUUACAAAUGUGAAGCAGAUAAAAGCGAUACCAUGCAGCAGUUCAGCACCACCAUUGCCCCCAAAACCCAAACUUGCAACACUUACCACCCUCAAGUCACCGGACAAUGACACAAUGGAACCCAGCUGUGGCGUCAUACGAAGGCCAUCACUCCAGCGAUCAAAAUCUGAUUUGAGUGACAGAUACUUUCGUGUUGAUGCGGAUGUAGAGAGGUUUUUCAAUUACUGUGGACUGGAUCCCGAAGAGCUUGAAAACCUUGGGAUGGAAAAUUUUGCAAGGGCUAAUUCUGAUAUAAUUUCUCUAAACUUUCGCAGUGCAAGCAUGAUCAGCUCAGACUGUGAACAGUCUCAGGACAGCAACAGUGACCUUAGAGAUGACAGUGCCAACGAUCGUGUACCGUAUGGUAUUUCUGCCAUAGAGAGAAAUGCCAGGAUUAUUAAAUGGUUAUAUAGCAUUAAGCAAGCUAGAGAUUCACAGAAGGUAUCCCAUGUGUGAGAGAGAACCAGUGGCAAACCCACGAGACUCCAUCAUGUAUGUGAAUUUUCAGUCGUGAAGGGUUGUCAAGUCUACUUGAAGUCUUGUAAACUUUUCAGUCUGCUCUGUGUUGCUUGUUGUGCAAUGUUUUCAAGUUGCAUGCAUGCCAACAUGUGAAAUGACCUGGCUUUCACUUGAACAAAUCCUUCAAAGCCCAGUAGAAUCUACUCACUAACUGCCAAAAGUUUAAGACCACAAGUCAGAAAUGAAUUGCUCUUUUUUAAAGUGUUCCUGUCUUGUAUACAUGCAUAAGUGGCAGCCACUUUGUGGGUUCGCUUGUUCUGUAUAUGAAAUAUAUGGGCCAAAAAAAAACUUUUGCUGUGACUAAAGCAUAAGGAAUUUGGUGCCUUGUGUUUUGGAAAUGUGAGAGUUUCUUAGCAAAUUGAUUGGCUGCAUUCUCUUUGAUGAGCAGCCCACCCACAAAAUGGCUUUCUUUUCCCUGUGUGUGAGAGAUAGGAUUGCUUCAGUGUUACUGUGCACUGUUUACAUGAUUAUGAAGGGUAGAAAAUGUACUUAACAUGCAUAUGUCUUAUUGUGUUUUGUAUACAUAUAUAUUCUGUUAUAUUUUUCAGUAUAGGGUUUGCAAGGCACAAAUGCUGUCUAUUGCUUGCUUUCACACUAGUUUGUUUUUCCUUCAAGAGGAAAUGGCAAGCAUUGGACUUUGUAACAUUGUUUUUUUUUUAUUCCUAAUAAGUGUUACUUUUCUAACCCCAUCCAUUUCAGUAUACUGUACCAAAGCAGUUUAUAGAUUGUAUGUCCCCUUAUGCUUUUCAACUUAUGUGAUAAAGCAUCAUGGGAGAUGGGGCACAGCUAUAGAGAUGGUGCAUUAUCUAAUAUCUGCAGUGUCUGCAUUCAUAGGCAUAAGUUGUUUGGGAGACCAGAGGUAUUUGGCAUCAUGGUAGAUUGAAAUUAGAUUGGCCAAUCCUCUGCGGUUUAUUCCUGCAAGUGCAGAGAACAGUGCUGUUGCUGCAGAUCAUAUCAAUGCAAGGUAAAGUGUAGCUAAAACAACAAGCUUAAAGUAGAACUAUAGGCAAAACACUUAUUGUUUUCAUUUUGGAUAGAGUACGGAAGGUUAUAAUCCCUGUCAGGUUC